AUCAGGAUGAUGAUGACCUCAGAGAAGAUGAAGAAGAAACCUCCAAAGGACAGUCUGACUCUGCUGCCAUGUUUCUACUUCGUGGAGCUGCCCAUUGUGGCUUCUUCUAUGGUGUCUCUGUACUUCCUGGAGCUUACAGACGUGGUGCAGCCGGCUCAGGUCGGGUUCCGCUGCCACGAUCGGGAGCUCAGCAUGCCGUACGUGGACGGAGGAGAUGAGCUCAUCCCUCUGCUGAUGCUGCUCAGCCUCGCCUUCGCUGGACCCGCCGCCUCGAUCAUGCUGGUUGAAGGUCUGAUCUACUGCCUGCAGUCCAGACUGAAGCUCCGCAGACCUGAAGGAAGCAUCAACGCCGGAGGCUGCAACUUCAACUCCUUCCUGAGGAGGACGGUUCGUUUCGUAGGUGUGCAUGUGUUCGGUCUGUGUGCAACGGCUCUGGUCACUGACAUCAUCCAGCUGUCGACAGGUUACCACGCCCCCUUCUUCCUCACCGUCUGUAAACCCAACUACACCCAGGCCGGCGUGUCAUGUGACAAAAACCCGUACAUCACCAAAGACAUCUGCUCAGGGCACGACCAGAACGCCAUCAUGGCCGCAAGGAAGACAUUUCCCUCUCAACAUGCGACUCUCUCUGCUUUCGCUGCAGUUUAUGUUUCUAUGUAUUUUAACUCAACCAUCUCAGACAGCACCAAGCUGCUGAAACCCGUGCUGGUGUUUGCAUUCGCCAUUGCGGCAGCAUUGACGGGUCUGACUCAGAUCACUCAGCAUCGCAGCCAUCCCAUCGACGUCUACGUGGGCUUCCUCAUCGGAGCCUUCAUCGCUGCCUACCUGGCGUUUCAUGCCGUGGCCAACUUCAAGUCCUCUGAUGACAUCACACUGGCCCCGCCUCCCCCGCCUCCAAAAGAAGACCCUCUUCGAGCGCUGACGGAGCGAGGACAUGAGUCCGUCUACAACAAGGGCCCUGCCUCUGCCUCGGAGAGUAAUGAUGAGAUAGCAGCAGCUCCGGCCCCCAUGGACCGGCUGGAGGGCCUGGGGCCCCUGCAGCGGGAGAAGACCUCUAUGGGGAGCCUGAAGAGGGCCAGCGUGGACGUGGAGCUGCUGGCUCCUCGCAGUCCCAUGGGAAAGGAGACCAUGCUGACCUUCAGUAACACAUUGCCAAGGGCCAGCAUGAACGUUAAUGGGGUGCUGGGGGCUAACGAGGGACCAGAGGAUCCGGUUCAGCCGGUCCAGCCAGUCCAACCGGUGCAGCGGCGACUGAAGGCCGUGCAGGUUCCCAUGGACCCAAUGCGGUCACAGCAGCUGGUGUCAGAGUGGAAGCAGAAGUCUAUGGAGAUGAGAGGCCUGAGCCUCCGGGACGAGGCAGAGCGUGAAGCCAGUGAUGACGGCUCUGAGGUGGGCUCUGUGGGGACUGAUGAUGGAGGGUCUCAGGCCCCUCUCUACCAACCUGCAGUGCAGUCUGGGAGGACAGCCUGUAGUCACAACCCCACUCUGCCUCCAGGGGGCGCCAAAGCUGUGGCAACUCCUAGACCACCACAGAUCCCCGAAGCAGGACCCCCUCCAGUGUCCCCAAAGAGUGCCCUGACCCGGGCCAAGUGGCUUGCCAUCCGGGAGAAGACAAGUGGGGAGGGUUCAGCCCGUGGUGCCGCCAACCAGCCGCGACUCAUGCAGGUCAUCGCCAUGUCAAAGCAGCAGGGCCUCCUCCCCUCCUCCUCCUCUGGGGAGAAGUCCUCUGAGACCACCUCGACCUGCUCUGGCACCUCCUCCACUGCUGACUCACCUUACUACCGCCCCCCCUCUGAGCAGCAGAGGGAGGGCUCAGGUAUCAUAACGGUGGACGCCCACGCUCCCCAUCAUCCUGUUGUGCAACCCCUACCCCCCCCUCAGACCUCCUCCCUUGCAGGUAACAGUAACCCGUGGGAGUGGGUGGGGGCGUCCAAUGGGGGCGACCCGCAAGACACCUACGACCUCAACAGCCUGAACCGAGGAGACUCGGCCGCCCGCGGCAGCAGCUUCCGGCCUCACCGAUCCGCAUCGCCGUGCGCCACCAUCGACCCUGACCUGGCCCUGCCCCCACCUCACCCCCAGGUGGAGGUGACAGUUGACUCUAAGCGCAGGGAGAUGGCCAUGAGACGCAAGACCGCUCUAGUUCUGUUGGAUCGAGAAAUUCGUAACCAGACUGAACAGGAGAACUACUACAAGAGUCUGCAGGGACGUAGGUUCAAGGAUUAGUCUUUUAGCUUUUCAAAACAAAAGCCUUAUUUUAAAACUGGUCACUAACAGCACAGAACCUGGACAGCAGUGAGGACCAUGUCACUAUGCAUCUCAUGGGCUAAAGGUGAUGGAAGGAAGGAGCUGUAAGAACUGAAGGUUUCCAUCCAGGCAGGUCAGACCUGAUCCUCAGAGGCUUAACACUGCAGACGGAACAGGAUCUAGCAAAGUCCAGGACUCUGCAGUCCUGUUUGUCCAAUAGUCCACCAGGGAGUGGCACAGUUAUUUUUAUUAUCAUAAUAAUGGUACUUUCCGUUUUAACACAUGUCACAUGGUACAAGGACACAAAUCAGAAAACAAGCAAGAACUACAUUCAAGAAAGAGGUGGAGUCUGAAAAUCAGACAUGUGGAGAUGUAGUGUGGAGGUGUUGCUCCAGGGUGGGGUUGAGGUCUGGCAGCAGAGUUGUGGACAUAUUGAAGCCAGUCCCGGGUCUUAUUGGUCCCAUUAGGACUUUCUCCAGUAUCCAGACGAGAUGUAACACAUGAUGAAGUUAGAGGUGGAGUCAGGAGAAGUUCCUCAGGUGGAAUAAAGUGAUUGGAUGAUAGAUUUGAAGGUUGUGUCCUCAGUGGAGGGACAGUGGAUCAGCCGUCAGGCGACAGGGCCAUGUCACCACCCUCUGGAGUAUGGUGUCUUCUGUUGUGUUGGACGUCCUGAAGGCUGAUGAGUGACAGUGGAGGGAGGGUCUGGUGCCAUCAGAGUAGAAAUAUAAACUGAUUCUGAUUCUAGCUGAUGAUGAUGAGGGGUUUUGGGGGACCCCUGAUGUGACGGGGGCAGAGUAUUGACCAAGGGGGACUUCCACAGAUUCCUAACUCGACGCAAUGCAGAAAAGUGAAGAU